GGUCGUCUCCAACCAAUUCUUUUUCUCUCUUCCCACUUCGCAUUCCCCUCGACUUCCUCAUUAUUCUUGUUUCUUCCCUUUUCCAUUUUACAUUAUUUCGUUUUUGAUUUGAUUUCCUUUUCAUUCUCUCAAUCCUAGUAGGAAUUAAUUAAAAAUUCCUUGUUUUUCGAGGAAUCCAGGAAAUCUAAUCAGCAAACAAACCAAUUCCGCCCGUCCUUUCUGAUCUGCCGUUCGCACACAAAGGCGUAACAUCGACACCAUCCAAUACACAAAAUCCCCUUUCAUAUUUCAUCUCGUAGCGACUGAAAUAUUUUACGGACAUCUCUUCUAUCAGAAAUCUACCGAAGAAUUGAAGAGACUGAAAUAAUCAUGCCUUAUCGUAUUGAGCUCUCUAAGAGCAACCGUGCUCUAUGUCAAGACACGGAAUGCAAGAAGCAGCAAAUAAAGAUCGACAAGGGUGAGCUGCGCCUAGGCACCUGGGUCGAGAUCCAGGAACACGGAACUUGGCGAUGGCGACACUGGGGUUGUACCUCUGGUAAGAUUGUCGCCAACAUGCAGGAGUCUAUCGCCAAAGACGAUGGCUACCAGUGGGACAUGCUCGAUGGCUUUGACGAGUUAGACGAUCAUCCUGAGCUCCAGGAGAAGAUCAAGCGUGUUAUAACCCAAGGCCACAUCGAUCCUGAGGAUUUCAAGGGUGAUCCGGAGUUCAACAAGCCUGGCCAGGCAGCUAUCCGUGGCCGUGCCAAGAAGGCUAAGGCAAAAAAGGACGAAGACGAGUCCGACGAAGGCGAGUCUUCUAAGAAGGCUGCUAAAAAGCCCGCUAAACGAGGCCGCAAGAAGGCUGAGGAGGAAGACGAGGAAGAGGAGGCCCAGCCUGCUAAGAAGAAGGCCAGAGGUCGUAAACCCAAGAAAACUGCCGACGAAGAUGAAGACGAAGUAGAGGAGCCGGCUCCUGUUAAAGCCCCCGCCAAAGCUCCGGCCAAGAAAGGUCGAGCUAAGAAGGUUGUCGAGGACGAUGAAGAGGAGCAAGAGGAGCCCGCCCCUACUAAGGCUCCCGCUAAGAAGGCUCGAGGUAAGAAAGCUGCCAAGGCUCCGACCCCUGAGCCUGAGGAGGACGAGGAAGAGCAAGACGAGGAACCCGAACCCGAACCCGCCCCCGUCAAGAAGACCAAGGCUAAGGCUGCACCCAAAGCUCCGGCCAAGGCUACGGCCGGGUCGAAGGCCAAACCCAAGUCUCGAGCUGGUCGAAAGCCCAAGGCUCAGGUUGCGGAACCGGAGGAAGAACCUGAGGAGAACGAGGAAGAGGAAGAGGUUGCUGCUCCCAAAGCAAAACGCGGCCGAGGUCGUGCUAAGAAGGCUUAAGUUUCUCGUUCUAUCUAACACGGUAGGUGGUGUCGAGGAACUUGAGGGAUUGAUGGGUCAGCAUUGAGACCAACGCCAUAUAUAGCACGCAGAGUCGCUGGCUUUCGGAGAUCUCCGUUGGCCCAUCAUCCACUUGCUCUUCGCUUGAUCUGUUGGAGGAAAUUUUCGCACUAUCCGGAGUCAUGAGCUUUUCUUUUCAUAUUGGGCGGGUUCAUACGAUUCGUGCCAGGAAAUGUCGAUGGGAGUAUUUCCGUGGCACCUUGUGUAAUACUAGCAGGAAGAGCUCACGGAUAGGUGCUAUGCUUCGGAAAGAUACCAAUUAAUGACACCAUAGAUUGUUGCCGCUUCUUCGAGACUAUUCACAACUCCAUACUAGCUACUAUUCAUAUGGAAAUUGAAAGUUGCCAAUAGUGCACUUCUGACGUA